GCUUAAGGAUGGUUGAAGUUGUUGUACCUGAUGGCAUUGACGAUGGAAGAUGAGCCAAGAAUUGUCUUCUAAUCAUGUGAAAGCUAAUCUUAGAAGUUUGAAGAAAAGAGUUUGCAAUUGUAGCCUAGGUCAAGUUGCUCUUCAUGGGUUAGAUUGCGAGGAGAUUAAAGUUUCCCAAUCAUAAGGAUAGCAUGUCCAGUGGAAAGACAACCAUCAGAUGUCAGACUUGGCCCCAACUUGGAAAAGGAGGGGGCGUGUAACGCGACUAGUAAGAAGGAGCCACUUUUUACAAAUUGGAGAUAGAAAACUAAUAUGCUAAAAUCAAGGAGUAUCAAUUAUGAGAUCUUGUGUCUUGGGGUUAAGGGAAACGAGCUAAUGGGUUAUGAUUGGUUGUGUCAAAUUUAAUUUGAUGAUCUUUCAACGACAAUUGAACUAUGACAUCAAACAUUUUAAGGGGAGAGAGAAGAUGGACUUCUGCAAGAAGAGGAGGUAUGACUGUCUUGGGGAAAGUUUCAGUUCCGAAACCUAUAAAUUUACCCAGCCAAAGGUUAGAAAAUCAUGGUCUGGACCCAAAUGUGGCAAUUGUCCCCAAGGGCACCCUUAGCUGGGGCAGUAAAUCAUCUUCUUCUGCAACAAAUGCAUGGGGUUCUUCAACUCUUUCGCCCCGAACUGAUGGUGGUUCUGGUUCACCAAGCCAUCUGAGCACUCGUCCUUCAUCUGGUGGAAGUGCUACUCGACCAUCAACAGCUGGCAGUGACAGAGCCCACGAAGCUAACUCUAACACGUGGGGUUCUAAUUCUAGACCAUCAUCGGCUUCUGGAGCAUUAACAUUAACAUCAAAUCAGUCAUCACUUACAUCACUACGUCCUCACAGUGCUGAAACAAGACCUGGUAGCUCACAAUUAUCUCGAUUUGCUGAACCACCGUCGGAGAAUCCAGGGGCAUGGGGUGCAACUGGAACAGCAGAAAAGUUGGGAGUUACAUCAUCUAAGAAUGAUGAGUUUUCUCUUACAUCUGGAGACUUUCCUACACUUGGUUCAGAAAAAGACAAUGCUGGAAGAAACUCGUUGCCCCAAGGUAAUGCUUCUAUAAAUUCAAAUGCUAAGUGUGAAACUGAAAAUUCUUGGAGAAGAGAUAACCCCCCGUACAGUGAAGAUGGAAUGAAGACAAGUAUGGAGAAGUGGCCGGUGGAUCCUCCACCAUAUCACAAUCCAAAUAUGCCCCCACCUCAUUAUGAUGCAUGGCAUGGUCUUCCGGUAAAUAAUCAUCCCGGUGGCAUAUGGUAUAGAGGACCUCCAGGUGGUCCUCCAUAUGGGGCUCCCGUUACUCAUGGGGGUUUCCCAAUGGAACCAUUUCAUUACUACCGUCCUCAGAUUCCAGCUACUGCUCUUGCCAAUCAACAUCCUGGUCCACCUCCUAGUGUAGGACCAAGAAUGCACCACCCAAAAAAUGGAGAUAUGUACAAGCCCCUUAUGCCUGAUGCUUACAUUCGCCCGGGUAUGCCAAUUAGGCCUGGUUUUUUCCCUGGUCCUGUGGCCUAUGAGAGCUACUAUGUUCCUCCCAUGGUCUACUGCAAUUCCCAUGAACGAGACAUUCCAUUUAUGGAAAUGACGGCUGGUCCUUCUGCACACAACAGGCACUCAGGUCAAAGUGCUCCUGAUAAUAGCAAUUUGCAUAGUAGACCUUGUGGAUAUGGUCCUCCUGGCAAGCCAUUGGUUUCCGAACAGGCAGAAUCUAGUCAUUCUCACGAUACUUGUGGACCGCACAAGGUUCUUCUUAAGCAGCAUGCUGGUUGGGAUGAGAAACAUGAUCAGAAGUGUAACGAGAGUAGUGCAUCAUAUCUUGAGAAGGAAGAUCAGUCAAGAAAAUCAUCUUGGGACGAUGACUGGCAAGGAGAUUACAAAAAAGAUGAAGAGGUGAACAUAAAAGGAGGAAAACCUGGUGAAGAGGCUUCUGUGGCUUCAGACGUCCAAGGUGGCAGCUCUGUUACUGCCAAAUUAAAUUCAACUGAAAAUGUUGGAUAUGUGAAGGCACAAGAUGAAGAUUUUGUGAAGAAAUCAGAAAAUAUGACUUUUGUUGUUCCAGAAGGUCCUGCAGCCUUAAAAGACUCAAGUCUGAUACAAAAAAUAGAAGGUUUAAAUGCAAAAGUUAGGGCUUCAGAUGGACGACAAGAUGUCACAUCUGUUUCCAUUAGGGAGGAGCAGACAAAUAAAUUACCAGCUUGUGGUUUUAAGGCCAACCAUCCAUCUAAUGACGCUGGUAUUGGUCCUGUAUAUCUUGAGAGCAGUCAUGUUGGUACUGUCACCAAAAGUGUCUCCCGUGAAUCAGGUGUUCAUGCUGGAGAUACGGGUGCUGGAGAUAAGAGCUUUGAUGCCAGUGUAACUGCAACCUCUAGGAGACCUGCUCAUGGCAUGAACAGCAGAGCUGAUCAUCGUGGCAGCAAAGGAAGAUUUAAUUUGCAAGAGGCUGACGGGUGGCAAAAGAAAUCUUCAGCCGUGGACUUCCCAAUUCCAGCAGCAGCUUCACAGUCCGAGACUUCUGUUUCUCACAUGCAAAACAAUACGUCUGUGGAGCCAACAGAGAAGUCAGGAUCCUAUCCUCAGGGAAAGAAUGAGAGAGAGGCUGUGUCACCGAUCUUUGAUUCAGGUGACAGUCAGUUGCAGCAUGCUAAGAUGAGAGAGCUAGCCAAGCAACGUGUUAAACAACGACAGAAGGAGCAGGAAGAGCGGGCAAGAGAACAGAAGGCGAAAGCUCUUGCGAAAUUGGAAGAGUUGAACAAGCGGACUCUGGCAAUGGAAGGUUUAAAUCAGAAGGCCGAGACUGGUUCAACUGGUUCUAUACAGACUAAGCAUGAAGAAUCCCAAGUUUCUACUGAAUCAACCUUGGUUGCCAGUAAAUCUGCAGAACUAACCUCAACAGCUUUUUCGAACACAAUUACAGUUGUGCAGAUUAGUGAUUGUAGUGCCACCAGAGUUUUAAAACCAGCCUUUUUGGUUGGUGACCUGCCUGUGGAGACACUGAAGAGUACAAACAGGGGACCUGUUGUGUCGGUUGAUGUUUCUGCAUCUAUUGAGGUUGUUGCUAGUGAAAUGGCAUCUAGCCUGAAAUUGUCCGAGUCGUCAGGACAACCAAGAAGGAAAAAUAACAGGGGUGGCAAGAACAAGUACAAGGCAGAUGCUACAUCAUCUAUGGCUGUUGUACCAUCAUCAUUAUCUAUGGAAACUAAUAUUCUUGACACUCCCGCUGAUGCCAGCAACCUGAUGGCAGAAGAAUCAGCAUUGAAUCCUAGUUCGAUUCAGUCAGUGAGCGCUGGUCAGGAUUCAAACGAGCCCUCAGAGCCGCACUUGUCAUUACCAAAUGAAGACACCCAUGGAAGAGUAAAUAGCCAGUGGAAACUUCAGCAUGCUCGCAGGAUGAGAAAUCAACAAGGUAAUAGAUCAGCAGAGAAAUUCCAUGGUGGUGAUGCUGUUGUUUGGGCCCCUGUGCGUUCACAGAACAUGGCCGAGGUUGCCAAUGAAGUCGGUAAUAACUCUGUAACUGAGAAUACCAAUUCUGUAAAGAACGACCAGUUGCUACAGAACAAUCCUAGAAACAAGAGGGCAGAGAUGGAGAGAUACAUCCCAAAGCCUGUAGCUAAAGAAAUGGCUCUGCAAGAAAGCUUACAACAACCGGUGGCUCUUUCAACCAGGCAGACUGUAUCUGAAGAAAUUGUCGGCCGACCCGUUUCUCCUGCUGGACCAGCUAUUUGGAAGGGAGGGCCAGUAAUUGAGGCUGGGAAUCGGGACAUUAAGCAGAAAAGGCCAGGAAAAGUUCAUGGAUCGUGGCGCCAACGUGGUUCUGCAGAAUCUUCCAUAGGUCAAAGUUUGCAAGAUAGGAAGUACAAUACUUCAAACUCUAGCAAUAAUGUUCCAAAAUAUAAUGAGAACCAGCAGCCGCAGAAGUCCAAUGUAAGCUUGAUGAAAGAGCAACCAAAGCAUACUGAUGAAUGGGGCUCUUCUGAUGGCUGGUACAUGCCCGAGAACCCUGAAUCUUCUGAUGGCGGGUACAUGCCCGAGAAUUCUGAAUCUUCUGCACCAGUCACAGUUUAUAAGGUGAAAGAUCAGGGAGUCAAAGGAAAGCGCCAUAGCACGAAGGGGAAGAAGGGCCUGGGCAACAUGCAAAAUCAAGAUCAGAAGAGAAUCAAGAGUGAUGAGGACAUGGACAAAUCGAACUCACAAUCUGUAGUUCCUGUGAUAUGUCAAAUAGAAUUUCCAGCUGCUUUAAAAGAAAAUCGUGGAAAUCGGGAACAAUCAACUUCUCAUUGGCAACCCAAGUUACAGGCUUCUUCAGCUCCCAACCAAGGCACUACCUCGAAUAUUGGUCAAGGUGUAGGGGCUGAAGUUGGUAGAGGAAACAGGAGGGAUCCUACUUUCCAGGAUAGAAAAUCCCUUCCACCUCAACAGCGCAUGGAAACCAUGGAAGCUGGUAUAGUUCAGUCAGCUUCUCUCUCCGAAAAGAGCAAAGUGGAAGAAGCUCCUGGUGUACGGCAUCCAGAGGCCAAGAGAGAGAGGAAGAUAUCGUCAGUAAAGGGCCAGUCCCACUCCCCAAAUGAAGUUCCUGGUGGCCUCGGUGAACAGGAGCCUUCAUCAAAUAUGGGUUUCCAACAUGAGGAGUCGUCUUUCAGAUUCCAGAAAAAUGGUAGCCGUAAUAGUCAUUUUGGUAGAGAGCAUGAAUCUCGUGGUCAUUGGGGUGCUGCGGGGCAAGAUAAUAGACAACAUAACCAACCUGCUAACCGUGAUAGACAGAGGAACACUUCCCACUAUGAGUACCAGCCAGUUGGGCCCCAGACUAACAACAAAACCCAGAACCUUGAGCAAUCAAAGGAUGCUUCUCAUAAUAGUGGUCUGAAAUCCAGGGAUAGAGGCCAGAAUAACUCCAGGCGUGGUGGUGGAAACUUCUAUGGGCGGCAAAGUAGCACUUCUACUGUUUGAUAGCUGGUUCUGAUGAUGAAUUUUGGGGAAAAAGAUGUGUGUUGCAAUUCUUGCCAGGCCAGAAAUAUGACUCCACAAUGGUUGUCUUGAUACCUUGCAUUGUCAGGAGCAGGAGCAAAGCUGAUGAUGCAAAGCCCAAAGGAGAUACGUGGAUGGGGUGGAGUUUUUUUUCUUCUUAUUUUAAUGUACUAAUUUGAACAUUGUAAUUGGGCCACGGUUUGGUUGCUGUAGAAAUCUUUUUUUUUCUUUUUUUUUUGCUCGGACAGCAGGUAAAGGGAAUUAAGUCCUGAGGAGAUUUCUUGUUCUCCCACUCACUGUGCUCCAAACACUUGAUUUAGGCGAACACCCAGAUCUGGAGCCAACUUUCACAUAACCUUUGGCUUUUUAUUUUGUGGCGUCUUCCUUUAGAUCUGGUGACCGAUUGCCUUAUACUUCGAUGGAGGCAUUGAUCGAUUAAGAAAACGGUGGUGGUAAA